AUGAGUCGACAGUUGAAUGAUAAGCUGACUGCCAAAGGUUCUGGCGGCCUAAAUGUUGAGAUCCAUCCGUUACUUAAAGAGAUUACCCCAACACCUCGACUACCCAAGAACCAUAAUCCUUUGAAGCGAAAUGUUAGAGAUGUCUUUGACCCUACCGCCAUUAAUCCCUAUUUGAAUCAAGCUGAUACCGCCAUUAAAGCGAAGAAACACCGGGGGUUUGAAUUGGCUCCUCAGGGGAAGUUUAUAGCCGAAGCCGAUGCUCUUCGAAGUCAGCUUAAAGCUGAAGCCGAACAGAAUAGACACGAAGAAGAAAUACGGCUGAAAGGGCUUGUACCCGACAUAGUCAUAGGCGAAGACAAGUACAGACUUGAGAACCCUCCCAUGGUUGAGUGGUGGGACAAGCCUUACUUAACGGUUAACAGUUAUGAAGAAUGUCGCUUGGAUGAAUCCAAGAUAGACUACGAAAAUGAAUCAGCACCUGUGACUGAGUACAUCCAGCAUCCAGUGUUCAUAGUUAAUAAGGACAGUUCAACAACAAUGAGUCCGGCUGCUUCUACUGCUGUGUUUUUGACGAAGAAGGAGAUGAAGAAGAUGAGACGAAACGAACGGUUACAGAAGCUUAAGGACAAACAAGACAGAAUAAAGUUGGGCAUAGAUCCUCCGCCUCCCCCUAAAGUCCGCUUAUCCAAUCUUAUGAAUGUUCUUGCCAAUGAAUCGGCAAGAGACCCCACAGCACUAGAGAUGAAGGUGAGACAUGAGGCCAAGGCUCGGGUCGACCAGCAUUUGAAGCAAAACAAACAAAGACAACUCACCAAGGAAGAGAAGCAAGCUAAGAUACAACUGCAACAUGAAAGAGAUUUAAGUAGGGGGAAGUUUAUGGUAGUGUUUAGAAUUGAGAGUCUUAACAAUGGGAAACAUCUUUAUAAGAUUAACAUGAAUGCUAAACAAUUGGAGUUGAACGGUAUAUGCUUACAUAAUCCCAAAUUUAACUUGGUGAUAAUAGAAGGAGGUAGCAAAGGGAUCAAGUUCUACAAGAAGUUAUUACUCAAAAGAAUAAACUGGAACGAGCAAGACGAAGACAGUAACGACAAUGUCGUGGAGAAUAAGUGUCGAAUAGUUUGGGAGAAUGAAGUGAAACAAUUGACUUUUAAGAAAUGGUCUCAAAUGUAUACGCAAGAUGAUGAGAAUGCUGUGGAUGUACUUCGGGCAUUUGGAUUAGAAAGUUAUUGGCCACAAGCGUUGGCGGUGGAAGAUUGA